GUCAGACGAAGAGCUCCACAAGACAACCCAGAGCAACCAAGCCAAAUCGGGCUUUGCUGCUUUGAUGAGCGAAGAUCCGGUCAGCGAACCCGGAGAAGAAAGCGAAGAUACAUCCACCAAGUCGAUGCCGGCGAAGAAUAAGGCCAAUAAGAAGAAGAAGAAGAAAGCGCCAGCUACUCCGGCGCCGGAGGAAAACCACCCUACUCGAACACAGAAUCCUCCACAAAAAGCCUCGGGAAGCUCCUCGAAAUCGACAAAGAAGGCCGCGAAGAAGACGAAGAAAAGGGAAGACGAUGUUGACGAGCUUGACAAGGUGCUCUCCGAGCUAUCCGUCAAGUACCCCGAUCUUCGUUCGGGAGCAUCAGCACCCUCCCCUGCAACUGGUUCUCUGGCCCCCCUUUUGUCCGUCUCCUCCCAGCACCUGGACCCCGAAGCUGAGAUGCGAAAGUUUUUCGGAUCGAAGGUUAUAGCUUCCUCUGCUGGAGAAGGCAGCCAAUCUCCUGGGAGAAGACAACCAAAGCAUCUUCAGAAGUCAACACUGACGAAACCCAAAUCCACAUGGUGGCCUCCUUCCACCCGUGAAGGACUUUCUAUCCGGGGCUUGACCGAGAGUGAGCUGUCCGAGUUGACGGGGCGACAUGGAGUGACUGGUACGCCUCAGGACGAACACUGGUGGACUGUGGAAUAUAGCAAGAAAUACAAGGGCGUGACUUUGGCGUUCAUGCAGAGUGUAAUGAGCGGAGACCCCGAAAAUUUCUGGAGACUACUCUCAAAGCUUCCCUGGCACGCAGACACAUUACUUCAACUUGCUGAGGCAUACCGAUAUAGAGAAGAGCACGCGCAAGCCAUGGACUUCACCGAUCGUGCACUGUUCACCUACGAGAGAGCGUUCGUCGGAGCAUUUUCGCUUACAAACGGCGUGAACCGCCUGGACUUCGAUCACAUCGAGAAUCGACCUUUCUUUCUCGCAUUGCAUCGUCAAGUCAGCGACUUGCAACGACGUGGCUGUUUCCGCACGGCCUUUGAGUUCGCCAAGCUGCUUUACUCGCUUGAGCCCAUGACCGACCCCCACGGGGCGCUGUUGCAUUUGGACUUUUUGUCCAUCAAAUCUGGCAAUGGUACAUGGCUCCUGGACGUAUAUAACUUCUUUGAAAUGCACGCCAAGGACGAGAACAGUCCUUGGAGGAAGCGGAUGAAUGUGCUUACAUUACCAGGUUGGAGGUUUUCGAGGGCCUUGGCGAUGAGGAACCAAGAGGAAUCGCAGAAGUGCGGUCAUGAGGCGAGUACGAAAGCGUUGCAGGAGGCGAUACUGGCUUUCCCUUCUGUCGUUCCAUUGUUGGCAGAUAGGGCAGAUAUCACGCUAUCCAGCGAGGCAAGAGGACACAAUGCAUUCCGCAUCCAAGCUGACGCUAGUGCUUUAUCGCGCGAGUCCGACGCGAUAUUACAUCUACUAUCCCAUCUAUACGCCCAACGUGCUUCAGGGCUCUGGAAAACCCCCGACGUUGGCAGAUGGUUCGCCAGCACCGUCAAGGCAUCUCUGCCGGAAUUCCCAUCCUCCCCAGAUGCGUCGAACGACACUUUCCGGACGCUAUUCUCUCCAAGACCCGUCGGCCAACGGUCCAUCUUCGGGUUCCAGCAACAGGUUACGUCAUCGUUGGCAUACUCUAUUUACAGACAUAUUGUCGUGCUGGAGGCGAAUCAUAGGAGUUUACUCAGCUUUCUGCCGAGGAACGUCGCUGGGAGCACGAAGUUCGCCGGGGACCCAGUGCCGCCACCGACGAGUGUCAAUGGCUAUGAUCCGGAGUUCUUCAAGGGUGCGGAAGACGUGUUCCAGAUGCCGAGAGGCCGGAAUUCUGGCAGGGCAUUGGAGCAGCUCAUCCCAGAUCCGGUUUUCAGGCAGCAGAUUCAGGGAUUCUUCGACGCUCAUCCGCACGUUGCAGAGCGGUUCCCAGGUGGGAUCAACCAGUUUGUACAGGCGUUGGCACAACUUCCGCCCGAGGUCAUCGAGGACAUGCUCAUUCAGGCAGCGGAUGGCGCCGACAUUGGCCCUGGGUUGGCAAUGCCGCAGGAUCGGGGAAUGCCGGGAGAUAUGGAAAUGGAGGUGGAAGUGCAGUGGGCAAAUUUUGGGGAGGACGGCCAGGGAAUGAAUCAUGGCCGGGGCGACGAUGACGAUGACGAGACGGAUGAGGAACAGGGCGCAACGGGUAUGAAUCCGUUGGGUAUGCUCCGUGGGCUGGUAAACGGACUGUGGGGUAAUAACACUGGAGUCGACGACGACGACGACGACGACGCGGACCGCGAGCACGGUGAUCGUCACUAAGGUCCCAUGUUGCGGAAAUCAACGAUAUAUUAUCUGUACUCUACUUCACUACAUGCAUGUACCGCUGUGUAUACCCGACGUCCUUAAGCACAACCGUAUCAUUAGAGUGUCUAUAUGUGUCCACGCGAGCACAUUGUCCGAUGACGAACGUACUACAGCGUAAUGUAAGAAUGUGAAGAGCCAAUUAGUGGGCAAUGAUGAAGAGGGUCCGAUCCCGAUGUCCGAUGCGGUACAACAAUUGCGGAUGAACACUUAGCUCGAUUUCCACGUAACUCCGAUCGGGGAAGCAUACGUCCCGUACAGUAGGAAGAGCCCUUCCGCGUCGGAAAAUUCACGUGGCGUCGACUAUACCGGGAGGUUCAACGGGGGCGACCAGGAGAAGGCCGGGUCCCUGAUACGGGAUGAUUCGCACGAGCGUCUUCAGGAUCAUCCACGGUCAUAGGUGUACCCGCGCUGGGCAAUAUAACAGCGCACGUGUGGAGAAGGCUGGAGGAAAGGCUCGGUGAAAGGCCGAGAGCGCGUCGGCUACGCACUUGCAUUCUCGGUUUGAAGUGUAUCCUCUUCAAGGUUGUUGCACGAUGAGAGCCUU